UCCAAGAUGGCGCUGAUGUUUCAAGCUACUGCAAGGUUGAAGAAGGCGGUCAGUUUGAUCAACGACUUAGAUGCAUCAAGAUUUCCUCUAUUACUGAACAGAAUCAUCCAAAAGCUUCAUUUGAAGGAUGAGAGAGCCUUUUCAGAUGAAGAAGAAAAUAAGCUACAAAGUGGUCUUUCUCUAGAUGUUGAUGAUUUGCAUAUUGUACUGGAGACGUCUGCUUUCAUACUAGAACAGGCUGCUUAUCAUAAUGCCAAACCUGCAGUCUUACAGCAACAAUUACAAAAUAUUGGACUCAAUGAUGAUAAGGUUUCUUCAAUUGUAGAACUCUGGUCUGCCAAUAGCAAGUCAGUUGUAAGAAAAUUGAAACAAAGGAGUUUAGCACCCAGACAGCUUGAAGCAAUGAACUGGCGUCUUAACCUUCAGAUGGCUCAAGCAAGCAAAGCAAAGCUCAAGCUGCCUAAUGCUUUGUUUGAAUUUCAUUUAUCUUCAGGAGAGGAAAAGGAGAAAAUCCACAUAGAAUUUUCACAUGAAGAAUUAUAUGCAUUUUACAAUCAGCUUGAAACCAUCCAAAGUCAGUUGGAUUCUCUUGGAUAAGUACAGUCUUUCCAGUACAGUUGAUUUUACAAUGUCAAAAGAAUUUUGCCCAAAAUCACUACCUGACAAUACCAUAGACAAUAGCAUAAAAUAGUAAGGAACCUACUGUACUGUACUCUAUCACUACCUGACAAUACCAUAGACAAUAGCAUAAAAUAGUAAGGAACCUAUCUGUAUUUAGUAUAAACCUACCAAUGGUCUAUCAUAAAUACUGCGUGUUGAUUGGCUGAGAACACUAGUAACCAAAAGUACUGGUUUUGAAAACUAAAACAGAAAAAAUAUUGCCUAA